GGAGAUCACUGGUUCGGGAGGUAAAUCGUCGCUCUGGCAGCCUCGACAGAAUCCUUUGACAGGUCAAGACUCGUGGCAUCAUCUCGUCACGCAGAAGGAAGUUUUCGAGGAGCCUAUUGAGUGUAGAGGUGCCAUACUAGCGGAUGAUAUGGGCCUUGGGAAGACCAUUACAUGUGUUUCCCUCAUCGCAUCGACUAUGAAAUCUGCACAAGUCUUUGCAGCUGAAAGUCUUCCCCAACUCACUCCUCCUCCCCCAGAACGCAACUCCGAGGCGGAACUCACUGCCUCUCACUUUGUAGGGAGCGUCUGGGGCAUGCCAGACGUACCCGUAGCACCGUCCACACCAUUGCUCUCCGCGAAAGCCAGAGCAAAACAAGUCAGGUUGCAGGACAGCAUGGAAGCGCAAUACAGUCGGGCCUGUCGCAUCAAGAUCAAGAGCAGAGCAACCCUCAUCAUCUGCCCUUUGUCCACUGUUGCGAACUGGGAAGAUCAGAUUCGCGAGCAUUGGAAAGGCGGUGUCAGUCUCUUCGGCGGGGCGGGAUCUUGUCCUACUCCUUUGUCCCAGCUUUCCAGGACUUCUUCUCUCGUCCCGAGUACUUCUACUCCAAACACUCCGGAGGAUUGCCUUCCCGACAGUAAGAAGAUCGCAUCGGCGUCAGCAUCCACAACGAUAGCGAAGUCCAAUGCGCUACGGGUGUACGUCUACCAUGGAAAUGCGCGUCGCCCGGAUCCAACAUUCCUAGCUGAUUGUGAUGUCGUGAUCACAACUUACGCGACAUUGGCUUCGGAGUUCUCAAAGCAGAGCAAGAGCCUUGCGUCGGCCGAAGAAGAGGAAGACGAGAGCAGCGACUCUACCGGCGACGGCGAUGUGAUGACCAUCAGACUCGGAAAGCCCAAGAAGCCCACGAAACGCAAGAAGCCCGGCACACCCGCAUCGAUGGGCGCCACAAGUGCUUUGCAGAGCGUGUACUGGUUUAGAGUUGUGCUGGACGAAGCCCACUCUAUCAAGGAGAUCAGCACCGUGGGAUGCCGAGCCUGCUGUGACUUGAUGGCAGACCGUCGAUUGUGUCUUACGGGCACCCCAGUGCAGAACAAACUGGAUGAUAUCUACGCCCUCAUCAAGUUCCUGCGGCUAGAGCCAUUCAAUGACAAGACUGUGUGGACCGAAUAUAUAGGUGCUCCUGUCAAGUAUGGCCAACCGUUAGGAGUCGCCCGGUUACAGAGCAUCAUGAAGUGCAUCACACUGCGCCGAACGAAAGAGAGUAAAGCCCAAGAUGGCCAGCGUAUCCUAUCUCUACCGCCUCGACGAGACGAGCUCCGCUAUCUCAAAUUUGACGCGCAGGAGCAAGCCAUCUAUGACCAAUUCUUCAACGAGUCCAAAGCAGAGUUUAACGAGAUGUCCGACAAGAACGAGGUCAUGAAGAACUAUGUUGGGAUUUUGCAGAAGAUUCUGCGGUUGAGGCAGAUUUGUGAUCAUUUUGAGCUGGUGAAGGGUAAGGGUCUCCUGGGCGACGUGCAGACGCAAGAUGCGAUGUCUUAUGAAGAAGCUGCCGCCGCUAUAGCUACGGACGGUAUCACCCCCGCUAGAGCUGCGAUCGUCUUCGCGCUACUGAGAGAGGCUGCUACUACUCAGUGCGUCGAGUGCGGGAUCGAGCUCUGCACAGGGUCUGAAGGUUCUGAGUUCUCUGGUACGGACGAGAGCUCUAUCGCUCCGAAACGAGGAAGAAAGCCAAAAAAUACUCCGUCUCAUCCCCCAUCUCGAGCUCAUAGCCCCUCUCGCCCGACCCAUCUUCUCGUCUUGACGCGCUGCCAGCAUCUGUUCUGUGGCUGUUGCUACAAGAAGAAAGUACAUCCGGAUUGGCCGAAGUGUCCGCCCGACCUAUCUCGACCGUGCUCAGUGUGCCAGUGCGGCCUCCUGCCCAGUGAUGCCACUGAAGUCAAUCCAAACGCAGUCUCCGGGGAAUCGUCAUCGUCGGCAAAAAGAAAAUCGUGCAAGAAAGAGAAGCGGGUCAAGGGUAUCUCGAUGGAGGAUUUCCAUCCCUCGACCAAGGUCAAGGCGUUACUCGGGGAUCUAGUCCAGUUCUCGAGGUUGAAUCCCCAUUCGGUCAAUUACGACCCUGGUGCUGUUGAAGUGCAGAUGGUCGAUGGCGAGGGCAACAUUGUGGAUGAUGCACCCACGAAAUCUAUUGUUUUCUCCCAGUGGACUACAAUGCUUGAUAAGAUCGAGGAUGCCUUAGAAGCUGCUGGAAUCCGAUAUGAUCGUUUAGACGGAACAAUGAAACGUGAUGAACGAUCGCGUGCUAUGGAUGCCCUGAAGAACGAUCCUGGGUGCGAAGUAUUACUGGUCAGUCUGAAAGCAGGCGGGGUCGGUCUCAAUUUGACAGCAGCCCAACGUGCAUACCUUAUGGAUCCUUACUGGAACCCCGCGGUUGAGAACCAAGCCGUGGAUCGCAUACACCGCCUAGGACAGACAAAACCAGUCACGACGAUCAAACUCAUCAUUGAGAACACCAUUGAGGCCCGUCUUCUAGAGGUGCAGAAGAAGAAGACCGAGCUCGCGAAUAUGACCCUCCAGAACUUUAGCAAGGCAGAGAUGCUACAGCGUCGGUUGGAGGAGCUCAAUCAGCUCUUUGGGUAGUUUCUUCUCAUCAUCCGCUUAUCUAUCUUAUUUCUCAUGUCUUGGACUGUUGUAUGAAGUACCAUUAUUAUGUCCCGUCCUUGAUCGCACUCCGUUUUGUCUUGCUAUCGUGCACCUUUUAGCUUAUUUCUUUUCUUGGAGCCGCCUGCUCGAGCGGUUAGAUAUUCGAUAUGCAGAGCAUAGUACAUGUAAUGAAUAUAUAGUGCCCCUGUAUAUAGAUACAUGUUUGCGCGCUAGAAAGCAAAAUGUGCACCUUGCUUGCGAUUCC